AAAAAAAAAAAACAAUUCUCUUUUUGGAAGCUCUAUAAGUUCAGGUGUGUGUCUUUAUGUCCAGUCUAGUCUUAUCCCAGUGUACAUGUCCAAUCUGUCCACGUGACCCUGGUUUGAACCACAGUGGUCCUAAUGUUCCUGUUCCUGUUCUUCAGGUGUGUUCCUGCUAAAACUAAUGGGAAUCAGUCAGUGAUGGAGGGAGAUUCAGUCACUCUAGACUCUGAUCUUACUGAAAUGAUGGAUGAUGAUCUGAUUCUGUGGACGUUUGGACCUGGAAACACUCGAAUAGCUGAAAUUAAUGUCCUGGCUGACAGCAUGACUGUAUUUGAUGAUGUUCUUGAUGGGAGAUUCAGAGACAGACUGAAGCUGGACGAUCAAACUGGAUCUCUGACCAUCACACACACCAGAACUGAUCACGCUGGACAUUAUAAACUAGACAUCAAGCGUGUGAUCAAGACUUUCAGUCUCACUGUGUAUGGUGUUCUGCCUGUUCCUGUCAUCAGCAGAAACUCAUCAUCAUCAUCCUCAUCAUGUUCACUGGUGUGUUCAGUCAUGAAUGUGAGUCAUGUGACUCUCUCCUGGUUCAGAGGAAUCAGUUUAUUGUCCAGCAUCAGUGUGUCUGAUCUCAGCAUCAGUCUCUCUCUUCCUCUGGAGCUGGAAGAUCAGGAUAAAAACAGCUACAGCUGUGUGCUCAACAAUCCCAUCAGCAACCAGACUCAACAUCUGGACAUCACUCAGCUCUGUCACACAUCUGCAGGUAUGGGGAUAUUAACAUUGAUUCAAUUAAAUUCAAUUCAAGUUUAUUUGUAUAGCGCUUUUUACAAUACAAAUCGUUACAAAGCAACUUUACAGAAAAUUAUGUUUCUACAAUAUUUAGUAGUAGCUAGUCGUUUGUGCACAUUUAACAGGAUUUUAUAAAAAAUAAAAAAUAAUAAUAAUACAAGACGUAGUCAGCUAGACGAUGAACUAUCAAUAUUAUUAAUUAAUAGUUAUUAUAUGAUGCAGUCACACAUUUAGCAAUAAUUGUUAGUUCUGUUUGUUGAUUCAGGGUUAGCAUCAUCUCUUCUCCGGUGUUCUGGAUCCAGACUGGAGCUUGUGUAAAUCCUAGUUACCACGGGAUGUGAAACCCGUGGCGAAACAUAGAAACAAAAUACAGACAUCAUUAGUAUAGCUGCUGAUCCAAUAAAGUAAAAUUAGUUUAACCCAAGCUAAUGAAUAAAAAUGCACCUUUGAACAGAUGCUACUACACUCACAAUUAAAAAGAUACAUUAUUCGAAUGCUUGGCGAAAGAGAUGUGUUUUUAAUCUAGAUUUAAACAGAGAGAGUGUGUCUGAACCCCGAACAUUAUCAGGUGGGCUAUUCCAGAGUUUGGGAGCCAAAUGUGAGAAAGCUCU